AUGCCAGCAAUAAUUAUCAAAGAUUAUAUUUGGCGACAAACGUCGGAAUUCGUGUUAUUAACCGUACCUCUAAGAGGCCAUCCAAAGAAGGUAGAUUUAUGCGUUAUCGAUAAUUACGUGAAGGUUAGUUUUCCACCGUUUAUAUUGGAAUUGUUUCUCUGGGCUAGCAUUGUUGAAGAAGAAAGUAAAUGCACGGUUACCGAUACAGAAGUAAUAUUUUCUUUGCAAAAAGUUGAUGUUGGCCAAAUAUGGCCAACUCUCGAUAUACAAAAUAUCGAUAAAGAGACUCGACAGAUAUAUCGAAAUCGAGCUUUGGAACGUUUACACUCGAACGCUGAAGAACACGCAAGAAUUAAGAAGGAAAAAUGUCGCUGUUUACAAAAAGAAGCAGUGAACGAACAAAUCAGUAUUAAUACAGCAACGCUGAAUAAGAUAGAUGCAAUACGAAAUGCUCAUCGAAAGGAAGCCAUGCAAGAAUUUGAGGAUUGGAGAUCGAAAGCUGAAUUACCGUUUCUUCCUGAUGCCGAAGGAAAGACGCAGGAAAACAGAAAAGCUUACAAGCCACCGUUAAAAUGGUUCAAAGACAACGAUAAUACGUUAAAAUCUCGACCAAUGACGAACGUCGAAAUAUUCGAUAAUAGUACACUCGACAGAGAACUUCGAUCUAUUGAAUUGAAAAAGUUUGAAUGUCUCGAACCGGAUGUAACAGAUUUAUCGAGUGAGAUUAACGAAGAAACUAAAAUGUCGGAGAAAGAAGAAAGUUUCUUCGAUGGCAAGGAUGAUUCUAGUUCCGAAGAUUCCGAAUCGGAGCGAGAAUUUAAAUUACGUGGUUCUGUUCGGGAAAUGGACGAGAAAACAAAACUUAGAUUAGAAUCCGUAAAAGCUGCAAUAAAUAAUAAACGUGUGAGAAUGGACAGUAUAUUCGAAGAUCCUUCAAAGUCAGUUCCGCUACCGAGAAAGAGCAGUACCAUUAACGUCACGUUUUCAGACCGGAAGUUCCCUACUCCGGCUAGAGAAAGCUCUCAUCUGGAAGAACAAGAGUGGCUGAAGAAGCAGGCAGAAGCAAGACGGAAAGUUGGUUUCGAUAUGGAAGAUCUACUACCGGAAGAACGCGAUCCGCAGUGGUUGAAAGAUAAAGGAGAUGAAUUUUUCAAAGACGGAAACUACUUGGGAGCUAUAAACGCUUACACGUACGGAAUAAAAAUCAGUGAUAAGAUGGCAUCGCUUUAUGUGAACCGAUCAGCAGCACAAUACGCGUUGGAAAACUAUCGUAGAUGUGCCGAGGACUGCUCCAAAGCGCUGGAACUAAUGGUGCCGAAAUGCGAAGGCAAUCGAGAGUCAAGGGCCAGGUGUCACGCUCGACUGGGCGCAGCACUCUGUAAAUUAUCUUCGCCUCAGCAUGGGAUUCCUGAACUAGAAGCCGCUCUGAAAUUGAUGCCGGACGAUAAAAGCAUAAAACGCGACGUGUUAGCUGCGAAACAACACUUCAACAUAAAAGAUUGAAAGUUUCGACGGGCGCACAAAUCUGUUUGGAAUCCGGGCAACAUCCAGCUCCCUCGCAGCGCGUCAAAACGGUAGAAGCGGGAUAGAAG